AUGGAGGGUCAACAGAAUCAGCCUCCGAAUGGACACCCACAGUUUCGUCAACAGCAGCUUCCUUCCCAAGCGGUGCCACCAGGUCUGAAUCCGGGAAACAGUCCACCCGGUCAUCAACAGCAGUACCAUCAGCAGCCGAUUUUUACCCAGGGAAUGACGGCGGAUAGUGUCAUCGUACAAAUUUUGCAACACCUUCAGCAGCAACAGGCAGUAACAAACCAGCUUCUCCAGCAGCAGCGUGAAGGCACACAUCAACAGCAGGAAGCGCUUUUCCGGAAUGCGAUGUCAUCAAUCAACGUCAGCGUUCCCCCUAAUCCAGAAGCCAUCUUGGAUUCGCUAGCUGGGAACAUCAAAGAGUUCCAGUUUGAUCCUGAGAACCACGGUACUUUCGCUGCCUGGUACGCUCGAUACGAGGACCUCUUCGCCGAGGAUGCACACAGACUGGAUGACGAUGCUAAAGUGAGGUUACUUCUGCGCCGCCUGGGAACCAACGAGCACUACAGAUACGUGAGCUACAUAUUACCAAGUACGCCGAAGGAUUUCACGUUCGACGUAACGGUUCAGAAGCUUACAGCACUAUUCGGGACCACAGAAUCAAUGGUGAAGAAACGCUACAGUACGCUCACCAUCGCUAAAACCCCGACUGAAGAUUACGUCACUCUCGCGUGUCGGGUAAACAAAAUGUGCGUAGAAUUCGAGCUGAAGAAGAUGUCCGAGCAACAAUUUAAGUGCCUAAUGUUCGUUUGUGGUCUCAAGGGUGAGUGUGACGCCGAUGUACGUACCAGGCUGUUGGUGAAGAUUGAGAGCGAUGAUGUCACCCUAGAGGCGAUGAUUGAUGAAUGUCAGCGGCUGAUCAAUCUAAAGAACGAUACAGCGAUGAUUGAAGGUCCAUCCGGACAGGUGCAAGCAAUCAAAGGAGGUUCACAUCAUCAUCAGAGGAAGUUCCAGAAGCGGUCAACAGAACGAUGGAAAGGUUCUCCAGUGCCGGAAGAGGUGAAGAAGGUUCCUGCGACUCCGUGCUGGAACUGUGGUGCGAUGCACUACUCGAAGCAUUGCAGUUUCCGCAACCACAGAUGCAACGAAUGUGUAGUGUAUUUACACCAGUGUGUUACCGCUAUAAAAAUUUAUAGCAUCUAG